CAAUGUCAUUUAUACUUGUUUUUGUCCUAUUUUGAAGAACAUAUUGUCAUUUGAGUUUUGUUAUAGCAAUGCUAAACUAAUUUAGCGCAUUAAUAUUUCAUGUUUGGACGCUUGUUCAUAUUGUCAGCGUUAUAUUUACAUAUUAUGAACAUUUGGCUUUGUAGACUGUGACGAAAAUGCAAAACAGCCAAGAAACUUGAAAUUUGUCGACGCUUUGUGUCCAUGUCUAGUGACAGMUUAAAAGCCAAAAAUUCAAUUUUGUUUUGUUGGGUUUAUUGGAUAAAAUCCUUUUGUGCUUAGGGAUUCAUCCGUCUCUUUUUUUGAAACGAAGGAGAAAACACUUCCUCAAUGGCUUCCUUAUUGUUGAUAUACGUUCUUGUGGUUGGACUCUCUCAACCAAGCCAAGCAGCUGAUUCCAAUUCUUCUUCAUCAAUUUCUCCAUCUCCUACUGUCAGCACAUCGUUCUGUACAACGACAGUUUGUCCCAAUUCACUAGUAAGCUCUAGCGCAACAGCAUCGCUGAAUUUUUCAAGCUCGUCCAACUGCUCGACAAUCCAGAGCUGCCCAAGCACAUCUCUCUCAGUUUCCCCACCUACAUUACCUCCAGCUACAACUACAGAUUCAGCUUUUUCAUCGCAAUCCACUCCAUCUACAAUUACAACAUCUGUAUAUAUGUAAAAGUCCCUAGCUUCCAAGGGAUAUUGAUCAGCGUCAUACGCAAAGGGAGCAUUGUCUGUGAAUUUGAUGUUAUCUUAUCCAAAUCGUCCAAAGCAAACAGCAAUGAACUGCGAGAAAAAUUGGAGAAAGCAAACAAGGAUGGAAUGCUGAAAGGAUUCACCUUAACUAGUGUGGAAGUUAGAGAGGAGAAAGAGCCUGGAGAAAAGGAAGUUUUACCCGUUUGGGCGUUGGUUCUUCUAAUCAUACUGGGGGUUAUAGGGCUGAUUCUCCUGAUCACUGUGAUUGUUCUUGCGGUAAACAUAUGACAACCCCGACAAUGGUUUGUAAAAGAAAAACUCGAAAUUUAAUCAAGAAUUCCUUAGUAACAUCUGAGGAAGGGUAGGCACAGCAGUUUUGUAACCUUAAGUAAUAUUUAGAAUAUAUAUCUAUUUGAUAAAAGGUUGUCGGAUAAAAUGGCGAAUGUUAAUUGUCAAACGGGAUUKCACAAMCGAAAGUAGCCAUGGGUUUUACUAAUUGAUAAGAAAUUACAACUGAUUUAUACCGUAAGAUGGUCUGUGGUAAAUAUUGCCUCUAUUUAGUCUUCUUCAUUGAAAUGAUUACAAUUCCGAGGAAMGAAAACAUCGUUUAGRAAACCCAAAUUUUGGAUUAAGAAACGAGUCUGAAGACCGAAUACAAUAUUUCGACUUUAAUUCAAAGUCAUAGUCAUGUAAUGGUGUUAAUAUUUACAAGUGCAGAAAUUUAUUAAAAAAGCUGUAAGUCCCUUGAGGCCUUCAGUCCUUCGAAGUAAGUAUUUUAGUCUUCUUCGUAUGCAAGGUUUAUCCAAUAAGUGAAAUUUAAUUUUUAAAAACAGUUUUACCAUAGUCCCUUUCGGUCGUGUUAUCUGCCUUCGACAAUCGGCGUUCUCCCCGACAACGUUUUUGAAAUAGGUGUAUGUCAUAGAGUGUGUGUGAUUGUCAGUGAUAAUAUAAAUAAGUCCUUCGAAGUCAGAAGGUUUUAUAGAUCUAGUAUGCUUACCUAUAUUUUUUAAGUAAAAAUUUGUAAAGCCCAUUGGGGCCAUAUAUGUUGCAUCCAUCGUAAAUUUAUAAGCAUUUACCUAAUAAGGAACAUGCAUUACGUAAUAACUAUAAUUAUAUGCAUUACAUAAUACACGUAUGUAGCAGAAUUCAAACACCAUGAAAUAGUCAAGUGCUCAAUAAUGCUGAAUUGUUUGAGUUCCUUUGUUUUCUAUUGUCUGUCUAUUAUAUUGUCUGAUCAACACAAUAGGACYUUCGCAUUUAAUGGUAGAGUGAACGCACUUAAUCCGUGCAACUGU